AUGGUUAGAAAAAAUUUGAAGAACGUUGUUUUGAAGGUCAAUGUGGAUACGACUCCACUCUUUGCACCUUCUACUACUACGCCAAAGAGUAUCCUCACGAGGGAAGCUUUGGAGUUUGUUGUUUUGUUGCACAGGACUUUCAAUGGUAGACGUAAAGAAUUGCUAGAGAGAAGACAGACCGUUCAGAAGGGGUUGGAUUCUGGAGAGUACAAAUUCGGGUUUUUACCAGAAACUGAAGUUGUGAGAAAGAACCCGGCUUGGAGAGGUGCUAUCCCAGCACCUGGUUUAAUUAACAGAUCCUGUGAGAUUACAGGUCCGCCAUUGAGAAAUAUGCUGGUCAACGCGUUGAACUCGGAUGUUAACACUUACAUGACCGAUUUCGAGGAUUCGUUGUCCCCCACAUGGCAAAACAUCAUUUACGGUCAAGUUAACCUGUACGACGCGAUAAGAGGCCAAAUCGAUUUCACAACGGCCAAGGGGAAAUCUUACAAGUUGAAGCACUCGGAGCUGACUCACUUGCCCACCCUCAUUGUGAGACCAAGAGGCUGGCACCUUUUGGAGAAACAUUUGUACGUCGAUGAUGAACCAAUCAGCGCCUCGAUCUUCGAUUUUGGUCUGUAUUUCUUCCACAACGCACAGAAGUUGCUUGACCUUGGGCUGGGCCCAUACUUCUACUUGCCCAAGAUGGAACACCAUUUGGAGGCUAGAUUGUGGAACGAUAUCUUCAAUGUCGCUCAGGACUACUUGAACAUUCCAAGGGGCACCAUUAGAGCCACCGUGCUUAUUGAAACAUUGCCAGCGGCUUUCCAAAUGGAGGAGAUUAUUUACGAGUUGAGAGACCACUCGAGUGGGUUGAACUGUGGCCGUUGGGAUUACAUCUUCUCGACGAUCAAAAGACUCAGAAACAUGCCACAACAUGUGCUGCCAGACAGAGACCAGGUCACAAUGACCUCACCAUUCAUGGACGCCUACGUGAAGUUGCUGAUCAACACGUGUCACCGUAGAGGUGUGCACGCUAUGGGCGGUAUGGCUGCUCAUAUCCCAAUCAAGGACGACGCCAAGGCAAACGAGGUCGCAAUGACCAAAGUGCGCACCGAUAAGAUCAGAGAGUUGACCAACGGACACGACGGGUCCUGGAUCGCCCACCCUGCCCUGGCCGUGAUCUGUAACGAGGUUUUCAUCAACAUGGGCACACCUAACCAAAUCUAUAACGUCCCAAGCUUGGACGAAUUCAAAGUCGAGAACUUGACAAACACUAACGUCGAAGGUGGGAAAGUCACGCUGAGUGGGAUCAGACAGAACCUGGACAUUGGGUUGCAGUAUAUGGAGGCAUGGUUGAGAGGGUCCGGGUGUGUCCCAAUCAAUUACCUGAUGGAGGACGCUGCCACGGCAGAGGUGUCCCGUUGUCAACUGUACCAGUGGGUGACACACGGGUCAAUCUUGAGUGACACUGGUGAGAAGGUGACCCCAGCACUGACCUCCAAGAUCCUGCAAGAGCAAGUCGAGAAGUUGAAAAAACAGAGUCCAGUGGGUGCGAACAACAAGUUCGACGUCGCUGCGAAGUACUUCCUCCCAGAGAUAACGGGGAAAAACUUCAGCGAGUUCCUAACCAGUCUACUGUACGACGAGAUUGUGACCGUCAACGCCACCAACAACGACUACAUAUCCAGUUUCACCGAACAGAGCAAGUUGUAA